AUGACUUCAAAGGCAACCGACGGUAAGUCAGAAAAUGAGUAUAUUAUCCAUCUAGGCGCUGCGUCUGAGAAGACCAAGAAGGCUAGGGUGGCUUCCAGAAGCGUGAAGAAAUCAACCACAUUGAAGAAGGUCAAGGUCAGAAGAAAUACCCAUUUUUUCAGAAAACGCACCCUCUCCCUGAAGAGGUCACCUAAGUACCAGAAGAAGGUAAAGACAGCGUUUACGAAGAAGUUGGACAAGUUCGCAAUAGUCAGGUACCCGCUGACCACCGAAAGCGCGAUGAAGAUGAUUGAGGAGCUCAAUACGCUGGUAUUCAUAGUGGAUCCGCGCGCAGACAGGAAGAAGAUAGCAAAGGCGGUCUCGCAGCUCUACGACAUAACACCAGUACACGUUAACACGCUGAUCAGGCCAGACGGACAGAAGAAGGCGUUUGUUAGACUAUCGGCAGACCAGGACGCUUUAGACGUAGCAAAUAAGAUAGGAAUCAUAUAA